AUGUCGGAGUCAAUUCUAGACACAGAUACUGAUUUUUCGAACCACUCCUACACAUUUUUCGGUCCAGUCGGCAUGGCUUUCUCGGACGAAAAUGUCUUAGAUGAAACGGAAGAGUUCAAAAUAACAUUGAGUGUCAUGUUGGGGAUUUGUAUGGUGCUAAGUAUCGUGGGAAACGUGUGCACUUGUGCGGUCAUAGUGCGCGACCGGUCUAUGAGGACCCCGACCAACUGUUACUUGUUCAACCUGGCGGUCACUGACCUCCUCAUGUGCUUUUUUGUGCCUAUGGAAAUUUACUUCAUUUGGAUACCAGAUUUCUACCCUCUCGGGGAGGAAGCAUGCCGGACACAUUUCAUCAUGUGGGAUUGCCUGAGCAACUGCAGCGUCCUCACGAUUUCUGCUCUUACAGUAGAGAGAUACUUAGUGGUUUCCAAACCAUUUCUUCGUCAGAAGCUCGCAUUAAAAUCGCGCGUUUACAAAAUAGUCGCAGCUAUAUGGAUUAUCUCCUUUGCAUUCUGCAUCCCUGAUAUAUUUUUUAUAGAUUUAUCAGAUCGAAAGCAGUUCAUUAUUUGCUACUUCAAUAUCCCUGACCCUUUAAAAAUUUUAGUUGUGUUCGAAUUGGUAAUAUUCUUCUUGAUGCCCUUGACCGCUAUUUUGAUGCUAUAUUUAUAUAUUGCUGUUAAAUUAAAAUCUUCAAACCUAAGGAGCAGCCCUUUUAAUGGAAGCCAAAACAGACACAAGGCAGUCAAAAUGGUAGCGGCUGUAGCAGCAUCGUUCUUCUUCUGCUGGUUCCCUUACUGUAUUUUGCGAAUCAUGUUCCUUCUACCCGAGUUUAAAUACGAAGACUAUUACAAUUUUUGGCGAAUUAUGAACUUUCUGUGUUACAACGGCUACGUGUCAACCGCUAUCAAUCCAAUUUUAUACAGUUUGAUGUCAAGGAAAUUUCGACAAGCUUUUAAAGACUUCUUCAAAGGGCAGCGCACUCGGAACACGAGCAGUUCCAGGAUAACCAACUCUACAGGGUGGCCCAACACUAUUGUAAAAUAAACUGGAGCG